AUGUCUGGUAGCAAAUUUUUACAAGGUGGCGCCCCCACUUUUACCCUUGAUAAGGAAGAAGCAGGCUCUUCCAUGUUCGGAGGUAUCAGACAACUUAUAGCUGAGCUAUUAGUAGUGGACGACACGUCGGCUAGUAAGAGCUUGAACGAAAGGUCACUUUCACCUUCUGUUGUUGUUCCUUCGGAGAGUGGAAGUUCGACAAGUGGGGGAGAGUCCGUUACCGACGGGGUAUCGUUCGUUGGGAAUACUACCUCGACGGUAUUAUUCUUUCUAGCCCUUGCGGUAGGUGUAUUGAUAGCCAUAUUGUUUGUGUUUUUCACGUUUCGUUAUUUUAUCAGGUCGAAGUAUGGACUCCACGUCUAUCCUAUACCCCACAGAACAAUUUUUACUUCUUCGAGUGCACCUUUAGAACAUAAUAGUUUGACGAACGUCGAGUUACAGGAACAAAUAAACUAUGUCAGAGAUAAUAACUUCAUAAGAGGCGAAAUCUUAGCCAGGAGGAUCAAUCGUGGAAGAAACCGCCGGAGAAGGAGAGGGGGGAGAUACUCCAGGAUGAAAAAAUUGACGGAGCAAGAAGUUGAAAUAUUGUUCCCUAAGAAGUCUUAUCACGAUUGGCUUAACGGUGGUCAAGAGAGAGAUCAUGAAAUCAGAGAUGGUGUUUUGCAAGAGGAAUCCAUGUUAAAAUGUACGACUAAAAGAAGUCAACGGGCACAGGAUGAUACAUUUGAUUUGAAUGAACUUCAAGAGGAAGACUUGAACCGAACCGUUUCACACAGUACGGCUAGUGAUGUGAUUGAGGUCAACCAAUCAUCUGCCACGAAGGUUGAAGGAAUCGAAAUGCAGAAUAUGAAGUUGGACGAGGUUCCACAUGCAACCCAUGAGUCUUCUCCAUCGCAAGAAACUGAAGAUGGGUUACACUUUACUUCUGGUACGUGUGCCAUUUGUCUUGAGGUCUUGGAGAAUGAAGAUAGCGUUAGGGGGUUAAUUUGUGGCCAUGUAUUUCAUUCGGAUUGUUUGGACCCAUGGUUAACUAAGAGAAGAGCUUGCUGCCCUAUGUGCAAAAGAGACUAUUUCUUCAAAGAUGAACAUAAUAAUAGUGUUAGCCAACAGGGCGAUGGAAGUAGUACUUCUAAUAACAACGGUGACGAGAAUAACGAAAAUGAUAACCCUGAAGAUGGCUACGACGAUAUUGACUUCGAUGCAUUUAGAAAUGAUCCAGCUUUGACAGCUUUACUUCAAGAGCUAGUUCCACUACACGAAAGGGUAAGGUUGAUAUUAGGUGAUGCGACGUUCGCCCGUUUAAACAUUGAACAACGGGCUACCGAACUUGCGUCGAAGAAACGUGGGAAUGCUCUCAAGGUGGUGUGGUGGAAAAUUAUGGGCAUCUCAAGAGAGGAUUUGUUUCACUGGGCUGUCAUAACUAUUCAUCGCCAAGAAAGACUGAGAAUAGCUGCCCAAGGCUCAACAACUGCUACGAAUGGUGAAAAUUCCAAUACUGCGUCUGACACCAAUGCCAACAGUAAUAACAACAGCCCCAACACUGCUGAAAAUAUCGAUAACAACAAUCCUAGUAAUCCUGAUAUCACUAACCCGAAUGCAAUUGCCGAACCUAUUACCAAUGAUGCGGUCAACGAAAAUAUACCCACAACUACUGAAUCGACUACCACUCCUUACAUAUCAACUUCUAGACAGGGUUCAGCAUCUAAUAUUCCACGAGAUAUUGUUGAACAAAGAGUAUAA